GUGACGUCACAAAGCGGCGCCGCGCUCCAGCGUCUGUGAUUUGGCUGGAGAAAGAAAAACUCCUGGUGAAGCAGAUGAGAACAACGUGACGCUAUUAUAAAGAUGGAGUUUAUUAAAGAGGAGAGCGAAGACCUGAAGAUUGACGAAACAUUUAAAGUGAAACAAGAAGAUACUGAGGAACAAACAGACCUGAUGGCCCUGAAUGAAGAAAGUCAAGAACUGAAUGAAAAGGAAGAGAAAGAUCAGAAUGAAAACCCUGAUUUCAUAACUGGAGAAAAGUCUUUUAGUUUCUCACAGACUGAAAAUUCUUCCUCACAAAAGAUGAGAGCUAGAAGUAAUUUCACCUGCCAAGAGUGUGGAAAGAGUUUCAGUCAACCUGGAAACCUUAAAGUCCACAUGAGAAUUCACACUGGAGAGAAGCCUUUUACCUGCCAACAG